AGCGCUUCCACGAGCGAGCGAGAGCACAGCACAAGCAAGACCUGCUGGGACUGGGCCACUCUAGGACUAACGUUAGGACCAAGACCGAGCAAGACAAGCAAGACAAGACAAGACCUUAGACCGAGACACAAACACCCCGUCAUCAUCACCACCACCAGCCGCCUUCUUCUCCUCUGACUACCUCCAACUCUUUUUAUUUUCUAGGCUCUUUUCUAUUAACGUUUCUACAGCAUUUGUCCUCCUUGAGGCGUCUCGGCUUGGGUCUACUUAUUCUCUUGGAAUCGGCUCGGUUUUUCCCACUUGGACAUUGCCUUUCCUCAGCCCAUUCUAUCUUCUAGUCUAUUCGUCCACUCGAUUUGUUCUUGCAUUCAAUCCACUCCAAUCCAAUCCAAUCCAAUCGUCCUCCAGGCUGCGCCCACUUCCUCGACCCUGACGUCUGCCACCUCCUACUCCUGAGCAUUGCUUCGCUUUUUAUGACGCUCCAACCACGAUUUGAAUGAAAGACUUGGAGGCAUUCGACCGACUGUCCUUCGUCAACGCUCCUCUUCUCUCUUUCUAUCCGACGGUGCCCGAUCAAGCGCAUCUGUCUGUUUGCGGCAUCACCACCACCACCACGGUCGCCCGAAAUAGUCAUUCGUCUCAGCCCCCGCCUCCGUUGUUGGCGACUAUUCUCUCAUAGUCUUCAGGAUGAUGAGCUUCGAUGGUGGCACAGCUUACGCCGAGUCCGACGCUGACGACGAAUACGAGCGAAGCAUGGGCGACCACUCUCCUAUCACCAACUCUGAGCAUUCCCCCAUAGACUCCGAGCUCUCGACCUCCGCAGAGCAUACUCCUACUACAUACGGCCACCGCAGCAGCGCCGACCGUCUCCCAGAAACCAUCAUUACCGAAUGGACUGUUGAGGAAUGUGCUGAUUUUAUUGGCACCAUUGGUCUUCAACAGUAUGCCGAUCGCUUCAUAGAAAACGAGAUUGUUGGCGAGGCCCUAGUAGCGUUACAACAUGACGAUCUCAAGAGCAUGGGCAUUGCUAGCGUGGGACAUCGCCUAACGAUCCUCAAAAGCGUAUAUGAUGUCAAAAAGGCUCAAGAUGUCCCUAUUGAGAGCGACCAUUACCUACCCCUAUCCGCCGACGCCGAAGCGCAAUAUGCUACCGCAACUAUCAAGGACAUCAAACAUCUCGUCGAACAAUUCCGUCUCCGCGAUGAACGCAUGAACCUACUCGAACAGGAUCUGCGACGAAUGACAGAAGAUUUCAGGCGAUUGCGAGAGGAUAUGCUCCCGGCCUUGCGCUUGGUCAAGGAUGCGCAGCAACCAUUGCCCAACCUGAGUGGUAACAGCCAGCAGGCCUACGGCUACGAAACAACCAUAUCGCCCCCCGCACCAACACCACCCCCAGGCUCGAGUCAAUCUGGAAGCUCGGUCAAGCGACAAUAUUCUACCCGCAAGAUUCUUAUCGGAGCUACACCAAAGAAUGCAUCACCCACUCAAUCUACGCACGAAAGGUCGAUAGCGGAGACUGCGUUGGACCCCGCAAGUGCUGCAGAGCGAGCUGUCCUAUCGUCUUCCCAUCUUGCAGUUAUGAACGGAGGUGGCCAGGGCUCGUCCUCCCCUUCGUAUCCCUCACCCAACAUACCCUCCCCGACAUCUCCUCAGACCCACAUGUCCGCUACGACCCUCGCCUCUCGAUCCUACCGCAGUGAAGCACCGACACCCUCCACACGAACCACCUUCAACGACGACGGUCACGCCAACGCAGUCUAUGCCUCCCGCGAAAAGGCACCGCAAGGGCCGCCCCGCCGACGAGAAACCCCUGUACCUGAUACACCCAGUCAGAGCAAUGCUUCAGUCGAGAUCUUCAAGUCUUUCCGUGUCAGUAUGGAAGAUCCUUGCUACAAGGUUCUUCCUGCUGCACUAAAAAAGUACCAGAUCAACGCUCCAUGGGACCAGUAUGCUCUCUACAUUGUGUAUGGUGAUCAGGAACGUUGUCUGGGUCUUGAGGAGAAGCCAUUGAUUCUGUUUAAGCAACUGGACAAGGAAGGCAAGAAACCCAUGUUUAUGCUACGAAAGACAACAACAGCACCUUUAGAUGGAGAGCCAGGAAGCGCAGGGCUGGGCAGCACCUCAAGAGGAGCUCCAACAGGCUACGAUCCCCCAGGAGGCAUCAUCUAAACUCUACUCGGAAUCGGUGCCUCGUGGUGGAGUUUCUCAACGAUUCAAACACAGAGCAUCGGACGGCGCCUACCGAAACCCGAGCCCAUCGGAGUAGUGAGCACUAGACGCAUACUGUACGUCAGACAUGCAGGGUCGGCACAAACCACCACCUGCGAGGCCGUACGAUGCUGGACCAAGUUCUAGAUGCGUUUUUUUGGAAGUGGGACAAGGCAAGAGUCGGCAAAUUCAAACCUGUAGAGGUGUCUGCAUGACGUUUGGUGAUGUUUGUUUCAGUGGGUCAGCGUUUCUGAGCUGAUGUGGUGAACCUGAAACACCAGCCAUGGGCCAUUAUGGGGCAAAACGCCAGACACUGCUCUGGCCUUCCCACUUUUGUCUUGGGCUGAAUCACAUUAUUGACAGAUUCGGACACUAAGAGGGAGGCUUGUUUGAAGACCAGGGUUCAGAGAGUUGCAGGGCUGGGCAGCUGAAGAUUUCCGACUGGAGGGAGAGGAGAGCUUAGAGCAACUCGGUUCCUCGGCCGGUUCCACUCGAAGCUACCUACAUAUUUACUUUUGUCAAAGGGAUGCUCGCUCAUUGAGGCAGGACGUACAUUGCUGUGGGAGUGAUCGAUCAAGCCACGGGCAUCCAUGCGCAUGCAGCAGUUGUUUUUCAUCAAAUUCAUUAUGGGGACAUUGCGGGUUACGGCGUUUGAAAAGUCGACUAACGUUGGGUGUUAUACUGCAACAAGCGGCGGGAAUGUCCAUCGUCGUUCUAUUUUUGGGGCUUUGUAUCUUAAUUUCAGCGCAGCACAGCACAGCACAGCGCGGUACAGAACAGAACAUGGAGGAAGGGUUGAUAAUGAUGUGCGAGAAGCACGGGUUGGAUCGGGUCAUGUUAGGUCAAGUCAGGUCAAUGUACAAACAGUGUUAGGGCUAAAGGAGCCAGGAUCUUUGAGAGUCGGAUCUUGUGGACAUUGCCUUGCAUAAGAGCAUAUGCUGGCGGUUGAUGAGAGUUGGACAUGAUGUUAGAGCUUUGUGACAACAGACAGACUCUUGUGUGGAGUAGACCAAGAGUAAUCUUUUUCAAGUUAAAGUUGAAGUUGAUAGACAACGAGCAUGUCUUUCUUUCACUGUGCCUCUUCCAAGCGCAUUUCUUAUUCCAAUAUCAAUCCCUGGGCAUAGUUAGUGGUGGGUUCUGGCUCCCGCCACACAUACCAUCGCCAAUUCUCUGCAAAGUCUUCCCUCUUGCUCGCUUCAACCUCUUUGACGAAGGCAACCACUGCCUCCAAUGGCACUCCCCUCCUCAUGCCUGUCUUGUCGUCCCAGCUCGAAUGGACGCCUACUAACGCCCCCGUCUUCCGAUCGAACAAUCCUGCACCGCUGUGUCCCCAGUACGUCCAGCAGCUAUGCUUGAGAGCGCCGAUGUCACUGUUGUCCUGCGGAUCUUGAUCCUUAUCUAGACCACGGAAAGUCCCCUCGGUGAGAACGAGGGUGUCGUACUCUGUCUUUACACCACUGUGCUCAGCCUCAAGGUCUUCAGAGCCCGGGUGGCCGAUGCAUAGUAGCUCAGUGCUGAACUUGGGAGGCGAGGUCGCGACACGGGCACAGGGAAACGGCCGGCGUAAACGCUCGGCUUUGUCGAUCUGAAGUAAAGCGAGAUCACGUAUUGGAUCCCAAGCUACCACUUUCGCUGAAACAACUUUCCCAUGUGAUGACAAGAGGACGUACGACGUGUGAGCUGUGAGCUCAGAGGGCUCUUCUGCAACGCAGUGUGCACAGGUGAGGAGGACGCCAUCAGGCGAGAUGCAGACUGCAGUCCCAGCCUCGGACUGAGCAAAGACAAAUGUUGCUAAUAAUGUAUGGUAUCCCUUUGGAAUUGAGGGUAGAGUUGGAAAGGCAUCUCGGGGAAUAGUAAUGGUGU